UUAGUCCAUUGUUGCGUUUUGCGCGAGUUCGUGCGAUUGGCGAAAAAGGCAUGGAAAUUAGAAUUGGAGCAUAGGAAGAACAAAAAAACAUGUUUUUGUGCUUUGCAGUGUGCUAAUUAUUCAUUCAUUCAUGGGGGUCACAAGAGAAGAAGCUCCAACAUCACAAGGAAAUCCCAUUUCUAACAAUAAUCCAAAUUCAGUUCCAAAUCCAAAUCCAAAUCCAAAUCGAAAUCCAAAUCGAAAUCCAAAUUCAGUUCCAAAUCCAAACCCUAACCCUAAUCGGCCUCGUACAACGAAAGGUAAGUCAUGCAAGGGAUGUGCAUACUACUCAUCUGUUCAUAAAGCCAAAUCCAAAAACCCUACAUGCUACGGUCUCUCAAGAACGCUACAGCAAGUUCCCCCCUAUGUCGUGAGCGAAAGUGAGCUGGAAGCUUCUAAAGAGGGCCGCAGCCUUAAAAAUUUCAAGUAUGCUUGUAUUGGAUACUCUAUCUACUUAGACAACAAAGAUUCCCCACCUGACUCACAGGAGAAGACAGCAAAAUUGCCCUUUUGCGUUGGUCUUGAGGUGGUCUCGGAGGUGAAUUCUUCUACUUCAUCUGUUGGCCAUGUUCCUGCUCAUGCUCGUAAAACUGAAGAACGUGAACAAGCAAUUCCUCAACCACGAUUCGCCAAACCUCCAAAUACCACAGCAGAAGAAUUCUUAAACAGGUUUCAAAAAAAUGCAGGCCUAGUGGCAUCCGGUGUUGUAAAAAACUUGAACAGAAUGGGUCACUAUGUAAAAGAGGCCCUAGAUGACAUUCUAUAUAGGCGACCCAAGUGAAGCUGGCCAUUGUAAUUUCUUUGCAAGAAAUAAUUUUAAUUUUACACAUUGGUCAUUUUUUGAAUUUAUUGUUUGCAUUCUGACAUUAUGUGGCACUUUUUUUUUUAACAGUUAAUAGUUACUAAUGUUUUAAAUGUAUAUUUUCUGAACAAUCAUACAAAUAAAUUUACAUGAUCAUCCCAAAAUUUAUAA